AUGACGGAUAGCCUCGGCUGGUGGCCAACAAAACCGGCCCGAACGUGUCCAAAUCAUUCUAUCGUUGUGGAUCAUAUUGAUACGGCCGGCGUUGGUGGAGUGUCGUACGCCAACACCCGGAUGACCAACGCGAGCAUCGGCCACACUCCCGAACCAGUUGGCCGAACCACCAUCAAACGAUCGAGAAUUCCAAACAGCAACAUUUCCAUCAUGAACUUGUUCGAGAGGAAGCGUUCAAAACUGGCGGGCUGGUACCUACCUCGCCUCCCUCAUCCCCGUCAGAGCGUCCAAAAUAAAACGGAUUCCCACAAAGGUAAUUGCAACGGAAGAACCAAAGGAUUGCUUCAGCUGGUGGCCAACGCAACCCAUCCGAACGGUUCCAAUCAUUCCGUCGUUGAGGAUCAGAUCAACACGGUUGGCGUUGUGGGAAGUCGCACACCAGCAUCCGGAUGA